AUGGCACCUGUUUCAUUGCCUCCUGGAUUUAGGUUUCACCCUACAGAUGAAGAACUUGUUUCUUAUUACCUCAAAAGAAAGAUUAAUGGCCGUCGAAUCGAAUUGGAAAUCAUCCCUGAAGUUGAUCUUUACAAGUGUGAACCAUGGGACUUACCAGGGAAGUCAUUGCUACCAGGAAAAGAUUUGGAAUGGUAUUUUUUCAGUCCACGAGACAGAAAGUAUCCAAAUGGAUCAAGAACAAAUAGAGCUACAAAAUCUGGAUAUUGGAAAGCAACCGGGAAGGAUAGGAAGGUGAAUUCGCAGACUCGAGCUGUUGGAAUGAAGAAAACCCUAGUUUACUAUAGAGGAAGAGCUCCGCAUGGAUCUCGUACCGGUUGGGUUAUGCAUGAGUAUCGUCUUGACGAAAGAGAAUGCGACAAUCCUUCUUCAGGAUUGCAGGAUGCAUAUGCGCUAUGCCGAAUAUUCAAGAAGAAUACAGUGAUUGUUCCAAAAGUUGUGGAUCAGCAAUAUGUUAAUAAUGUGACUAGGCAUGCAAAUCAUAUGACAAGUGAUCAAUCAUCAAGCAUUGAGUUAUAUUCUGAAGGAAGAGAUGAAGUUUUAGAGAGCUCAAAUUAUUUGAUGCCAUGGGAUUCAAACUCAACCCAAACCCUAAAUGGGACUAACACUUUUAGCAACAAUGGUGGAGAUAUCACAAGGGAUAAUAAUGGGAUUUGGACACAAUUUUUAUCAGAAGAUUUACUCAAUCUCCCAACAUCUUCUUCAUCGUUUCCCAAUUACGGAUCCACGCCGAAUUACCCUCCAUCAAAGGUGGAUAUUGCACUAGAGUGUGCAAGGAUGCAACAUAGGUUCACCAUGCCACCCUUAGAGGUGCAAGACUUUCCUCAAGUUGGUAUUUCUGAUCUGAAAAUGACGCAAUUCGCCUCGGGUUCGAUGUGUGAAACCAGAAAUGAAACAGAUAUCUUGCAGGAAAUUCUAUCUGUGGCUCAAGCUUCUCAGGAAUUGAUUAAUCAAUCAAACUACUCACAUGCAUUUGGUGGCAAUGAAAACUAUGGUUCUCAUGUUCAUGAUAAUGAUUUUACUUUUAUGGUUGGCAAUAAUAAUAAUUACAAUCAUAUGAGUGAUCAUAUGAUGAACUCCAUGAGAUAUGAUGACAAAGCUUGGGAAGAUCCAAACACAAGAUCAAUAGAGAUUGGGAAUCUUGAUGAUGAAUUCAAGACAGAAAGGAUGGUUGAGAAUUUAAGAUGGGUUGGAAUGUCAAGCAAUGAUUUAGAAAAGAGUUUUAUGGAAGAGCAUCAAAAGGUUGUUCCAAUUGAAGAUAUUUCAAGCUUCCACACAAAUAGGAAAGAGAAUGAGGUGCAAGUAGAAUCUGAGCAACAAAAUAUGAACAAAGAAAUCAAUGACACUGACAUUGAUAAUUUCUCAAUGGAGUUUAUCAAUGAUAAUGAUAACCCUAAUGAGAAUUUUAUUGACGAUGGUACUAACAUUGAUUAUUCAAAUUCUACAAGCUAUGAAGUUGUUGAGGAAACAACAAAAGUUAGUCAUGGAAUGUUUGUUGCUACACGUCAAGUAGCAAACACAUUCUUUCACAAGAUAACACCUUCACAAACAAUCAAAGUUCAACUGAAUCCAAUCAUGGAAAACAACAAAUUCAUAGAGAAAGCAAAGACAUUGAUGAUACCAAACAAACAAGGUUACUCUCUCUUAAGGAAAAUGAAGACCAAUUUGAUGGAGUACAUGAAGAAACCAUCAAAGACAAUAGCAAGUGCCAUUGUGUUUAUAUUUGCACUUUUUUUGGUGCUUUGUCUUUAUUUGAAGGAGCAAGUUGAAGAAAUGAAACCAAAAUCAGAAAGUGUGAAAAAAAAGUAUUGCUAUGGAGCUAAUAGCAUGAAGAAAAUAAUUUGGAAUGAGAAAGAAAAAGCUUGGUUUGUUGGUAUCAAAAGUGGAAAAGGUUUUGAUGUGGUGUUGAAGAAGAUAGGAAUUUUUCUCACCAUAUCUUUGGCUAUUUGUACUAUGUGGGCUAACCAUAUGAUAUAG